CGCUCGAUGGCAACGAAGCUCAGCGCGUCCGCGCUCCUGCAGGAGAUGGAGGACGCCAAGCGCGCUGUGGCCGCUGCUCGCGAGCAGUGCGAGCUUGCGCGAAGCGUCGUGGAAGACGCGCGGGCUGACUACGCCCAGGCGAAUGAGGCACGGCAAGCCUACGGCCACGAUGUGGACGCCCUCUCGAGCCAGCUCGACGCGACUCUAGCCAAGGUGCUGCACGCGCCCGAGUUUGUCAUCGAGUUCCAGGCCAAUAUCGGCUGCUACCAGUGCUACGUGCACAUUGCGCUCGAGGGCGCGACGCCGACGCUCGUGACUAAUGCCUCAAAGCACGGAAUCCAGCUCCGCGUGCAGGACACGACAAUUUUCAAGGCCACGCUCGCGUACGCCGUCGACCCCAAGUACAGCUCGGUGCGUGUGCAAAAGGACCACGUUCAUUUGCGUCUGCCGCUGACAAGCGCCGCCAAAGAAGACCGCAAGACAGCCAUGACGGCUGGCAUGGCGGCCCGGACUUUGUCGCGUGCUGAGCUUGAUGUGCGCAAUUAUACCGAGCUCCAGUGCCGGUGCUGCGGCCAAGUCAUCUCAAACGUCGACCGGCCGUUCAACAAGGUGCUGCCGCUACCGUCGUCCAACUGGAUGGAGAUGGUCGACUUUUGGGGCGCGGCCGAAGGCGCGUUCGAGCAUAUUCCCAAGGACGGGAUCCACGCCGCGCUCGACCGCGUGUACGUCGGACAGUCGGACCUCCUCGUGCACCCCGAGAACGUGCACGCAGAGAUGGAGCGUCACAUGGCGAGCGUCCGUUGCAUGCGCUGCCACACGGUCCUCGGGUCCCAAGACGACCCUUCGAUUGGCAUUACGUUGCAAAAGUACCUGUUGCAAGCCAACGACAUCUUUGACGCGUACUCGAGCGACAGUGUGAUUGUGACCAAGCUCCUCGAGGUCAUCGAGUCGGAAGGCUUCUUCCGCUUCGACCUCGUGCCCAGCGAUGCGGACGCGCCCAAUGUGCCCCUUGCGCUGCAGGUGUUGAGCUGGGACGCGACGAUCCAGACGUCGGACAGGAGCGCGGCCCAGAAUGUCGUCAAGGUGCUCUUCACGACGACGCCGGUCGCCGACGACCGCUUGCCCACAAAGGAGCUCGCGUUUCCGUCCGACCUCCUCGAGACGGUCACAACGCGCUUGGCCACGAGCGCCGAGUUGUUGCCGGCGUCGCUCACGGGUCUCAACAACCUCACCCUCGGGUUCCUCUUUGGAUAAGCCAAGUAGGUGCACUGUAAAACAACGCAACUCGAUGGGUAUGUGACGCAA